AUGGUCCUGAGGCAGAACGGCAAGGUCAAGAAAGUGCUCAAAGAGCAGCAGCAAGAAGUUGAAUCUCUGGCGGCCACCGUCGCCGCCAGCGAUAUGUCGAUCCAGCAGCUGAGAGAUCAGCUGGCCCUGUCGCAGAGCAGCCUCGCCUCCACCACGAGAGAACUCGACGCCCUGCGGGAGCUCUUCCGCAGCAGAGAGGCCGAGGAGGCGACGGCUCGCUGCGGGGUGCAGUCGAAGGCGGAGGACGACAGGCAGGACAAGGAAGCCGAGAACGACCUGCUGAGGGAGCAGGUCGCGACCCUCAAGGAGGCCAACAGGAUCGCCUACGCCAGGAUUCGGAGAAGGAAGAGGUGGCUGCCCAGGACAAGAAUCACAAGAGGGAGCUGGACGAGCUGCGGGAGAAGCUGCUAA